AAAUACGAGUUUCCCAACUCCGACAAACACGGUUCGGCGUUCAUUUAUCAGAGAGACAAUGAAGUGCAACGUGGUAGUACAGAGCCACCCUGGUAAGACGAAACACCCUGGGUGUGGCCGACACCCCUGGGCGGAGCCCUCGAAUGAUGCUUUUCCCCAGUCAUGGUAGUGCCCCCAGUGUACAGGUGCCUUACAAGUGUCCGCAUGGUGUUAACAAGGAGGAUCGUCCCAGAGACGUUGUCCCCGGUGAGGUGCGCCCCCCAGGGCCUGCUUUCCUUCGGAGACAACCCUGUGGACUGGAGUCCCGGUGGAGCCGAGCCCCGAGGUGCGACUGUACCCAACGGUGGGGCGGUGGCCCCAAUGUGGCUUGGCCUGUGGUUCCAAAGUGUCACAACAUUUUCAUUAGAGACAACCACCAGGAGUUUCCUCACGUGUUGGGUCCAGCUAAUCAGACUAAUCUGACUAAAAUUAAAUUAGUCGACCAAUACGGAAAGAAAGAGGGGAAAGGAAACAACUGAUGUCGGACUUGGCUGAAAUAUAAGUGUGUUGCGUAAUGACUCGUUACGCUACAUAUUAUCCUACUUUAUUUACAACACAAUUAGUAUGAUUACCUUUAUUCAACACAUACGUAAAAUUUCGACAGCAAUUCCCAGUAAACUGAAGCUACACAAAUUAUAAUCAAUUCAUAAAUUAAAUAGAUACCUCAGACUCCUCACACAAGAAUUAAGUGCGAAAAGACAAUAUACAAGAAAUGUAGAUCAGUGUAAUUUAUUCAUCAGCGUUUGUGUUGUACAAAGUAUCGCAGUGGACAUUCGCUGUGAUAAAUCCACCCACAGUUGGCUGUUACAUCAAUUACA